CCUUGAUCCCGGAGCCAACGUUUGUCAACAGCACAAUAUGAGUGUUUCUCGCACAGUCCGCGGGUCUGCGCGACUCGUGGGCAAUCUCACACGGUCUCCUAUCUCACCUGCCACGAGACAAUGGGUCUGUCAUCGAUGCGCAUCAACCACAUCCCUCCGCCCGAGUUCGGCCAUCUCACGCCUGCAGAACUCUCAGCUACAACCAAAUGGUCAAUGGCAGCAACGAAGAGGCGCUGCUGGGGUAGCAGCUGCUAUGCUGGAAGAGGCUUCAGAUCCUGACGCCCUAGCCCAAGAAACCAUCCUAGAGAAUAUGUCCACGCAGGAACUAGAACGCCUUUCCAGGGUCAGGAAUAUCGGCAUUGCUGCGCACAUUGAUUCCGGCAAAACCACUUGCACCGAACGCGUUCUCUUCUAUACCGGACGCAUCAACUCCAUCCACGAAGUACGUGGGAAGGACUCGGUCGGUGCCAAAAUGGACUCGAUGGAUUUAGAACGAGAAAAAGGCAUCACCAUCCAAUCUGCAGCCACGUUUUGUGAUUGGGUCCGCAAAGAAGAUGGAAAAGACGUCAAAUACCAUAUCAAUCUGAUCGAUACACCUGGGCAUAUUGACUUUACUAUUGAAGUUGAGCGAGCCCUCCGCGUCCUGGACGGUGCUGUCAUGAUCCUCUGCGCCGUGUCCGGCGUCCAGAGUCAGACCAUCACUGUUGACCGCCAAAUGCGGAGAUACAAUGUCCCCAGAAUCACGUUUAUCAAUAAGAUGGAUCGAAUGGGGGCGAAUCCUUUCAAAGCUGUGGAGCAACUCAGCUCCAAGCUGAAGAUUGGCGCCGCUGCUGUUCAGGUCCCCAUCGGCACCGAGGACGAAUUUCGCGGCGUCGUCGACCUGGUCAACAUGAGAACCUACUAUGCUGAAGGCGAUCGUGGAGAAAUUAUUAUUACAAAGGAUGAGAUCCCCUCAGAGGUUCAAGAGGUGGUACAGGAGAAAAGAGCCAAACUUAUAGAGGCUGUUGCCGACGUUGACGAGGAAAUGGCCAACUUAUUCCUGGAUGAAAUUGAGCCAUCGCCCGAGCAGCUCAAAGCCGCCAUCCGACGUGCGACCUUGUCUCUCAAGUUCACCCCGGUUUUUAUGGGCUCCGCCCUCGCCGACAAAUUUGUACAACCCAUGCUGGAUGGUGUUUGUGAUUACCUACCCAACCCUGGUGAGGUUUCAAAUACUGCGCUCGAUGUACGAAAGAAGGAGGCACCUGUCAAACUCAUCCCUUAUAACUCCUUACCAUUUGUUGGACUGGCCUUCAAGCUGGAAGAAUCAAACUUUGGCCAGCUGACCUACAUUCGAGUGUAUCAGGGAACUCUUAGGAAAGGUCUCAACGUCUUCAACGCAAGGAACGACAAGAAAGUCAAGAUUCCCCGCAUCGUCCGCAUGCAUUCGAACGAGAUGGAAGAGGUCACCGAAGUCGGAGCAGGAGAGAUCUGCGCCGUCUUCGGGGUCGAUUGCGCUUCUGGAGACACCUUCACCGACGGUCAACUUGGUUACACCAUGACCAGUAUGUAUGUUCCGGAACCGGUCAUCUCACUAAGCAUCAAGCCCAAGGCCAAUAAGGAUCUGCCCAACUUCUCCAAAGCCAUGAAUCGUUUUCAACGUGAAGAUCCGACAUUUCGGGUUCAUUUCGAUGCUGAAAACGACCAGACCAUCAUCUCUGGUAUGGGCGAACUUCACCUGGAGGUCUAUGUUGAACGCAUGCGUCGUGAGUACAAGGUAGACUGUGAGACGGGCCCGCCUCAAGUCGCCUAUCGCGAAACCAUCACCAAGAGAGUCGACUUUGACCAUACGCUCAAGAAACAAACCGGCGGAGCCGGUGACUUUGCUCGUGUUGUGGGCUGGCUCGAGCCUAAGGGCAACCUAGAAGGAAACCUCUUUGAAGAACAAGUCGUCGGAGGAUCCAUUUCCGAGAAAUUCCUGUUCGCCUGCGAAAAGGGUUUCCACCUCUCUUGCGAGAAAGGUCCACUGAUAGGCCACAAAGUUCUUGGUUCCUCCAUGAUUGUCAAUGAUGGUGCUACCCACAUGACGGAUUCCAGUGAAUUGGCCUUCAAGAACGCGACUCAGCAGGCCUUCAGGAAAGCAUUUAUGCAGGGCGACCCCGUUGUGCUCGAACCCCUCAUGAAAACGGUGGUGACAGCCCCCGUCGAAUUCCAAGGAGCAGUAGUCGCCAUGGUGCAGAAGCGAAAUGCCGUCAUUCUCGAUUCAGAAGUCGGUGUGGACGAGUUUACCGUCUGGGCCGAAGUGAGCUUGAAUGGCAUGUUUGGAUUCAGUGGCAACCUACGUGCUGUAACUCAGGGCAAGGGCGAGUUUAGCAUGGAGUUCAGCCAUUAUGAACGGGCCCCACAGUUGCUCCAGAAGGAACUUGUCUCCAAAUAUCUGAAGGCCCAAGCAGACCGAAACAAGAAAUAGGCGCCAUCGUGGAUCGAAAGUUUGGGCUCCCUUGAAUGGCUUCGUUUACAAGUCAUAAUGAAGAAUGCGAGUCGUCUGGCUCGAUACGCAGGAAGAUCUCCCUUUGGUCAAGACCACUCGUACCACACCAAUCACAGCUACGACUGUGCUGCUUCAGCUCUCGAAGUAUACAAGAUGGUCGUCUACGCCAGAGGAACACCAAGGCCGGUGUCCCACGUGGUACAAUUUGAUUCUUCUUUUCUCUUGAAGAGACCUUUUGUGUCAACUUUAGUUGGCAGGAUACAAUAUUGGUUCUCACGAGAACCUCUGCUGAUCGAGAUGUGGCCUAGGUCGGGGGUUCUGUCAUCUAUUCAGGGCGUCUACAACCGGCCGUUCCCUUUAGUGACGACCACAUAAGCGCUGGAGGCAGGCAGGUCGGGUGUGUUGUGGAACACGUCCCACUGGCGUCUCAAAUUCUACCUCAGCGGCGGCUGUGUCCUGCAAGCACAUGUACAAUAUCAACAAGUCACGCUCUCAGUCUGUUAAAGCGACAACCCCCUCUCCAAUAACAACGAUAAUGUCCUAUCUAUGGAAGCGUUGUGGAGUAUUUGUGUUAGAUUACUUCAUAACUCGUGCAUGUACAAGGAGGCACAAAGUGCUAUCACAACGUAUAGAACUCUGAAUACCUGUCCGGCAGGGUUGACUUCACGAUACACGAUAUUCGCCAUUCUCGACGGCCUGUCCUAUGGUUGAUAAAUAACUCCCUGGAAACGAACAAUCAAACUACUGUUCCUUGUUUGAUGAUUAGAGAGCGAUAGUGUGCCCUACUAGCCAUCAGCAAGAGAGCUUUACAGCGGAAUUAUGGUUGACCAGCACGUCAUGGAUAGCCAGAUAAGAGAAGAACCGCUGCUGCUCAAGACUCCAGCUUCUAACCAUGGCAUGGGUUCUCCUCCAUGGCGGAACCCGCGAGCUUGUUACCAGAGGUCUUGUGCAAUUUAAAUACUACUUAUUAUCAGUGUCCAGUCCAGGAAUUAACUUCGUAAGGAGAAUGUUGGCCAUUGGGUUCAAAAUCAG